AUGAAUCCCGGAAGCUCUAGCUCCCAGGAGCGCCUCGAACACACGGAAUCCUUGAGCAUUUCCCCCGAGGUCUUCGAGAAACUGUACCUCUCGCCCAAGAACGCAGUAGCGGGAGACUUGAGAAAGACGUUUGGAAAUCCUACACCUGUAGGACUCGCCGGCUUCGUCAUCGCUGUGUCACCACUAUCCGCCGAACUGAUGGGCUGGAGAGGCGCAACCGGUUUGAGUGCAACGAUAGGAGUAAACUACUUCUUCGGCGGCAUGCUACUCAUCAUCGCAGCGAUCCUCGAGUUCUUCCUAGGCAACACCUUUCCCACCGUAGUCUUCUUUGGAUACGGAGCACACUUCCUAACAUUCGGCUCAACAUUCCAACCCUUCUACGCAGCCGUAUCAUCCUACACCACCGACGGCUCCCAACAGCAAACGCCCGCCUUCGCCUCCUCUUUCGGCUUUUAUGUGCUCUUCAUGGGCGUGCUCUCCUUCGUCUUUCUGAUCUGCUCGCUGCGCACCAACAUCGUUUUCGUAUUGAUCUUCAUCGCAGCAACGCUCGGUUUCUGCCUGGCUGCUGGUGCGUUCUGGACAACGGCGCAAGGGAUGGCUAUUGGAGCGAUAUUGCUGAAGGGGACGGGUGGUGCGUUCUUUGCGGCAGCAAUGUUUGGGUGGUAUUUAUUGGCGGUUAUUAUGUUUGCUACUUUGGAUCUGCCGUUCCUUGGGCAACUGCCGGUGGGAGAUUUGAGUACGGUUGUUAAGGGACGGAGUCAGAUGAAGGAGGUUUAG